CUUUUUAGGUGCCUAACACUUCCCUUUUAAUUCGGUUCCAUAAUUUGAAAUGUAGUGUUAACUGAACCAGGUGACCCAUUAGUUCCGACCCGACCCGACCCAAUAGAGCAGCUAAACGAAGAGUGUCUGUCUCACUUUUGGGUGAAAAUGGCAGCAUCAUUCAGAUGGAUACUACAGCUACACAAGGAUGUACCAAAAGCAGCAAGAUUUUACUCAGAGGGUUUGGAUUUCUCCAUUAAUGUAUGUACUCAUCGAUGGGCUGAACUCCAAUCUGGCCCCCUCAAACUUGCCCUCAUGCAUUCAUCAAGUGACAUUGUUGUACAGAAGGGAUACUCAUCCCUCCUAUCCUUUACAGUUGAUGAUAUAAACAAUUCUGUGACCAAACUAUUGGCUUUAGGUGCCGAGUUGGAUGGCCCCAUCAAAUAUGAAAUCCAUGGAAAGGUUGCUGCUUUGAGUUGUGUGGAUGGACAUAUGUUAGGACUUUAUCAGCCGUCCUAAGGCAUCCUCGAAACAACCACUUGCAGGUAAAAGAAAUCGCGACUUCUGGAACAUGCUAAAUUGGUUGCUCGACGUAGAUUUUGCAUUCAGGUGUAUUGUUGAAAGAGAGAAUUGACUCUUGUACAUGGAGGUGAAGCACAUAAAGAGAGUCAUUACAAUAGUUGGAUUCCUACUGUAUUUGUUUUGAUGUUUUGUAUUCACCAACAUGGAUUGUGGUGCUCCACCCUAAAUCAGAGGUCUCGGGUGCUAGCUUGGGGUAUGGAGAAAAUUUUGUUGGGAGCGCCAUCCUCGAAUGGGCCCUGCAGUGCGCGAUCUGGAUUUAGUUGGGGCUCCAAUAUGGGUUCCGGAUACCGGGUGGGAAACAAAAAAAAACAUAAUGUUUUGUAUUCAAAACUAUCCUUUUGUAACAUAAAUCCAUAUCCUGAUAUUAAAAAUCCUUCAUUCAAGUGAUUCUAUCACGUGAUUUGGGUGGGUUCUCUAUA